UGUGUCUUCUUCUUGCAUGACAGGGAGAGAUUGGUGUGAUGGAAGACGUGAAGACAGUAAUUGAGAUAAUCGUCCUUCCAAUUCCUCCAUAGCUACAUCUGAUGGAAAAUGAAAACAAUGCAAUAAUAAUAAAAAAGAUACCACUGCUUUCAGUAGGCAUAUCAUACAAAUCUUGUACUGCAACAGGCUGAGGCUCAAGUUCUUUUGGUUCUUUCUGUUUUGGUUGAGAAAUAACAAUUCUUUCAAUAUCUUUUGACUCAGUCUCAUCUUCAAAGGCUACUUCACUCUUGCUAUGACUUGAUCCCCCAGAUGCUUGAUGCUUAUGGUCAUACUUUUUCCGCUUCAUUUGAGCAUUUCUCUUCUUCUGUCUUUGGGAUGAAGACGCCAUAUUAUAAAAAGGGCGUGGCUAUGAUUAAUCCACACCCACUUCACGCAAACAAGAUGGAGAGGGUUUUCUUAUUAUUUUCUUUGCUGUUUCUUGCUGUCCAGAGCUACGAGCUAGUAGGACAGCUAUCUGACAAGGUAGAGGCUGGAGAGGGAAAGUAUUAUACUGUAAAUCCUAGCCCCAUUACCCUCAUUUGUCUUGUCUCUGAUGAAGGCGAUGCUGACAUGUACGUCGACUACUCUUCCACUACCACCAGACCAGACUACCUCACUCAUAGGCACUCUGCAGCAACCUCUGGCAUUGAUGUAGUAACUGUCCUAAGGAGUGAUAUGAGUGCAGGAAGUGAUGUUAUAUCUGUUGGUAUAUAUGGCUACAUUACUCACGUGAAUUCCUCCUUUAGAAUGUAUGUGAUUGUACCCAGUUCCUCUGACGUGUUGGACCAUCAGAUAUGGGAAAUGGAUCACGAAUCAAAUACAACUAAACUCGUGAUCGACGUCGAUCCGUUGUGGAUUGCAAAUGAUCCGAAAUUACACAGACUACUUGAGUCUGUCUUGGCUCGGGGUUAUUUUCAGAGUGAUGAGGCUAGUAGUUGGAUUAUCAUUAAAGACUGGAUAGUGUGGCUAUUAGUGAAUUUCCUUCAUUUAGUGGUAGAGGUACUUUUAUGAGUCUCUAGAUCCUGUGGCACAAAAUUUUAUUUAAAAACAAUUCAAUUUAUUUAAAUGAUUAAUUUAUGUUGAUUUUAAUAAUUAAAGACAAAAAUGACAUUAUCUACAUCUAUUUCUAAUAUAAAAAA